AAGGAUUUUCAGAAAAAAUUAAACAAAAGUGCAUUUAAGUUCAUUUAACCCAAGAAAGUGCUUGAAAAGUGCUAAGAAAUCGUUUCGACGCUGUAACUAUUUUGUUAUUUAUUAGCCUGCGUAGUGUGUUCAGUCAUUCAAGUUCCUUUACCAUCUUGUUAGUCAUUUCGUUAGUCAUUUUGGCUCCUUAUUUGUUCAGCUGUUAUUUUAUCUAGAAGCUUAUUACUAAUUUUUCAUCAUGGAUAUGUUUGGAGCUGUGGAAAAUAAACGCCAGGUUGCUCCAAUGUUGCAGAAAAUACUACGAUAUGACAUCCAGAUCACCAAACAGUUUGUGGAUGGGGCUCUUAAAACCACCGCAUUGAGGUCUCUACGCAACCAUGCUAAGCUCUUAGAGGUGUCAUGUCAUGGGAUUGUUUGGCUGGCCAGUUGGCUCAGUUUCAUAUGGCUGUUUAACAACAAAAACCUGUACCAGUUGCAAGUCAACAUGCUUAUUGCUCUUCUACUGGACAUAGUUGUGGUUGCUGUUUUGAAGGCGUUUGUACGCAGACGACGGCCCGUUCCUAUGAACAAGCUGAGUGCUGUCGGCCCAGACAAGUACUCCUUCCCUUCGGGCCACGCCAGUAGGGCCAUGCUCGUCGCAUUUAUUCUGAUAUACUUGGACCCUGUCUCCAUCAUCUUCUAUCCACCCCUUUUAGCUUGGGUCACCUCGGUUGCGAUCUCAAGGGUUUUGUUAGAAAGGCACUACAUUCUCGAUGUUCUAGCCGGUCUUGGUCUUGGAAUUGUAGAAGGCCUAUUCAUGUAUCUCAUUUGGUUUUCUCAGAGUACAUCAGCUAGUAUCCUAUCCUCACUAUCUGAUGAGAAGCUGGAUGGUGGAGAAUAUCAUGUGUAAAUGUAGAUUUUUGUUGAUGUGUACAAAUAUAUUAACUCUUGUGAUGAAUAGAUCAACAGUGAAUUAACAAAAAUAAAGAUUUAUAACGAAAGUUUAAAUAGUGAGAUUUACAAAUUUGAAAUAUUAUUAA